AUGGAGAAAAUGAGUGAUGGUGUUGAGGAAGAGGAGGGCAGAGCAAAGUCUGUCAUGUCCGACUGUCUGUCUAUGAAGAGUGACCGGUCUAAACGUGAUCCUCUAAACUUCAGUAAAGGACCAGGACCCUCAGAUUCACAGUAAGAGAAACACUUUUCAACCACCAACAACUGAUGUUUCAAAAAAAAAACUCUAAAUCCUGCCCCCUCUGUUACCAUGGUGAGAUAAAUGAUCUCUGCUCUCAAAAUGCUGUUUUUUCUGUUGAACCUGCCAACCUGGAUAAAGGGCUGGUAUAGAGAAAGUCACUGAGCACAGAUUUACUUAUUAUUCCUCAUGUUGAUAAUGAAGGUUGUUUAAAACAGCAUGUAGGUGCCAUAUGCAGAAGUAGUUAGGUUUGUGUGUGUUGACAUCAACUGUCUGGGCUGCACCUUUCAUGUACGUCACGAGGGGGUGUGGUCAAGGUGCAAUCAUUGAAUGAUUGAAUGAAUGGAUAUAUAGUCACCUGGGUGAUGCGGCGGCUGCAUGGAGAGGGGGUGAGUAGGGAGAGCGUAUUUUUUGUUGACCGCUUGAUUUAAACGUCAAACUAAGCCCAUAGAACAUCUUGCCCUGCCUUGCCCUGUCUGUCUGUUUGUGCGGCGUUGGAAAUAAAUGCGAACUCAGUCGGAAAACAUGGAAACGGCUUGUGGUUUGUGUAGCGAGUCACCAAUGCGAAGCUCCCUCACUUAGCCUCUCAGUGACUUUGUUUUCGUUCCUAGUCACUAUACAGCUUUUGGAAAGAUUCUGACCUCUGUAUUUUCUGAUUUGGUUUCUGUGUUAUAGACCCCAGAAAACAGUCUGUGGGUCCCAAAAUACCAGAAGACCAAAGAAGAAAUAAAUCCUGAGAAAUGAAAACUCAUUCAAAGCAUCAGUCUGUUAUUGGACCUUUAGAUCUGAUUGGUUAAAAUGUUUUAAACUGUCAGAGAAAAUCUCUCUACCUUCAAAAAUCACAGUUUAGUUUUUUCUUAUGUCUCCACACUUUGAGGCAGCAGCAGCUGAAUAUUUUACAGGAGAUUGUUUUAUGUUAGAGAAAAGAGUGAGGUCAGAAACUCUGGUUUAAUAAAUGUUUCUUAUUCUGAAUCUUUCAAACAUGAAAUUAUAAAGAAAAUAAAUGUUCUUUAUUUCCACAGAGAGACACAGAGAUUUGACUCUGUGGAGGAGCAGCUGUCCAGCUGUUCUUUAUGUCAGGACGUCCUGAAGGAUCCAGUCUCUACCCGCUGUGGACACCGGUUCUGCAGACAGUGUCUGGCUUCAUGCAGGGACCAGUCUACUUCAUUGGGACACACCUCCUGUCCCCAGUGUGGAAAAAGAACCAGAACAGUUCUUGACUUUCAGACAGACAGCCAGUCCAGCUCUAAUCGAAGUAAGUCUGAACAUCUGUCCUUUAAACCCUAAAUUACACAAUUUCUGCCUGGAUUAUUUUGCUGAUUUUAGCCAUUAAAUUGGCAGAAAAUGUCCUAUAAGUGAGUUUUUUUACCCAUUUUUCCAGAACACUUUGAACUUUCAAUAUCUGGCUGUCAUUUACAAUUUACUGUCUGUUAAAAGAGUGCUUUAACAUUUUAAGAUAAAGAAAAAUACAGAAGCGGAAUAAGAUUUUUGAGUUUUAGUGAGAAAAUAUUUAUAUUUAAUAUAACUGUUUAAGUGCAAAAACAGGCUUAAUAUACCAGAUCCAUUUAAAUUUCUUGGCGAAUUACGGACAGCAGGAAUCGUGAGAACUCACAAGAACCCGUGGAUUCACGUUCAAUCGCAUGAUGACGAGUUGUCUCUCUAAAGACAGCCACAUAGACAUAUAAGCAGUAGAUUGUGUCCUUCCAGAGGAGGAAAUCUACUUCUAGACUUCUAGAAUCAGCAUCUCCUCAUCCAUGGUGUCAUCGGGGUGAAAUGACGUCUAAAAACCUUUCACUUGUUCGUCUCCGCCCGUUUGCAUGGUGUGAAAUAUGAUCCUCCCGAAACACAGAGUGUUUUAUUUUGAAAAGAAGCCGAAUGUUUUAUUUUGUGUCUGUGCCCGACUUCCUUUCCAGCACGGGUUAAUCUGUGUUGAAUUUAUGCACCAUGCUCCGGCGUCCGGAAAAAAUAGAACUCUUGUGAUCAGCUGAGAAGUCCGGCGAUCCAGGGAGGAACGGAAAGAAGCCGGUGGAGAUUGACACGUUAACUUGAAUGGUUACGAUCAGCUACAAUCGGCAGGAAUGGCCUUUUCGUCGUCAUUCUGGGUGUGGUGGAAUUGGAGGUUAGCCUUCAAUUUUCAAUCAUAGAAAACAUGAACCCCCAUAAAAACUUUUAAAAAUGGAGCUGUACAGAAAAAAACUUGAGCAUAAAUCAGUCUUAUGGCUUAAACCCACACCGCCGUUUAUACACCAAUCGGCGGAUCUCAUUCAGUGUCUCACGGGGACACACGCAAGAUCUCGUCUAGUCUCGGCAGAAACAUUGGUAAUCUUGCAAGCCCUUCUCCUCCGAUGAUGGAGGUGGAUUGGAUCCGGUGGGCGCUGUACGCUAGCGUAUUCGAUCCGUCUGCUGGUCCGGAGCGGAGUCCCCGAGUUACGGUGACUACGUGUCAACAUCGCAACCAGGGGGAAAAACAUUUAUAUUCUGUGUCAUUAAUUUCUAAAGUUUGUCCACAACUUCACCCAGCGAGGAGGCUGACAGCGUUCAUUCUAUAUACAGUCUAUGGGAUGGAGAGACUGAUUUUCCCCACUUCCCUAAACAGCAGAGUGAAAUUACUGUAAUAAACAUAUAUUGGCUGUGUAGCGCAACUUCUCAGCUUUCAGAAACCAUUGGAAUUUUUGUGAUAGCACAAACUAUCAUAGAGUUACAGUAAUUUAAACAGUGCCGUGCAAAGGUGUCAUCGCUCGGAGGAAAAGUCUGAGUGGAUAAAAACUCAGCUGACUGAUUUUUCACAGACGUUUUAGUGUUGAGAAGUUUGGUUCAUUUUAUUUUUCUUCUCUUUCAGCAGAUCGCGGUCUGCAGGAGGUUUUAGAUGAACAUAAGAUCAAUCUGAAGAGGAGAUGUGAACGUGUGAAUGAAGGACGUGAUGAAGCAGGAAGUAGUCAAACCCUCCUCAACAGGAUCUUCACUGAGCUCUACAUCACAGAGGGACUGAGUGAAGAGGUGAACACACAACAUGAGGUGAGACAGCUGGAGAAAACUUCAAAGAUGGAGACCCUCCAUGACACGCCCAUCAAGUGUCAUGAGAUCUUUAAAACCUUACCUGACCAACAGAAGAAGCUCAUCAGAGUGGUUCUGACCAACGGCGUGGCUGGUGUUGGAAAAACCUUCUCAGUGCAGAAGUUCACUCUGGACUGGGCAGAGGGUUUGGAGAACCAAGACCUCCAUCUGGUGGUCCUGCUUUCAUUCAGGGAGCUGAACCUGAUCAGAGAUGAGCGCUUCAGUCUUCUGAGUCUGCUCCAUGUUUUCCAUCCAACACUAGAGAAGGUCACAGCAGAGACGCUGGCUGUCUGUAAACUUCUGUUCAUCUUUGACGGUCUGGAUGAAAGCAGACUGUCUCUGGAUUUCACAGACUUUGAGGUGGUGUCUGACGUCACACAGACGUCUUCACUGAACGUUCUGAUAACAAACCUCAUCAAGGGGAACCUGCUCCCCACAGCUCUCAUCUGGAUAACUUCUCGACCUGCAGCAGCCAAUCAGAUCCCUCCUUCACAUGUGGACAGGGUAACAGAAGUACGAGGCUUCACUGACGACCAGAAGGAGGAGUACUUCAGGAAGAGGUUCACAGAUGAAGAUCUGUCCAGAAGAAUCAUCUCACACAUCAAGUCCUCCAGGAGCCUCCACAUCAUGUGUCAGAUCCCGGUCUUCUGCUGGAUCACUGCUACAGUUCUGGAGGACAUGAUGAGCAGAGAGGAGAGAGGAGAGCUGCCUAAGACCCUGACUGACAUGUACUCACACUUCCUGCUGGUCCAGACUAAGAGGAAGAAGCAGAAGUAUGAAGGAGGACAUGAGACAAGUCCUCAGGAGCUGACGGAGGCUGACAGUGAAGUCCUCCUGAAGCUGGGGAGGCUGGCCUUUGAACAUCUGGAGAAAGGAGACAUCAUGUUCUACCAAGAAGACCUGGAGCGGUGUGGUCUGGAUGUCUCAGAGGCCUCGGUGGACUCAGGAGUUUGUACAGAGAUCUUCAGAAGAGAGAGUGUGAUCUUCCAGAAAACUGUUUACUGUUUCGUUCAUCUGAGUGUUCAGGAGUUUCUGGCUGCAGUCUACAGGAUCCACAGUUUGACAAAGAGGAACACAGAAGCUCCGAAGACUUUCCUAAAAGACAACGAUGAGGAACACCAAGAUGAAGACAAAGACGAAGCUGAAGACGAAGACAAAAUGUUUUCUUCAGAGAUGGUUUCUUAUUCUUCUCUGGAUGUCUUCCUGAAGAGUGUCAUGGAGAAAUCCCUUCUCAGUGAAAACGGUCACCUGGACCUGUUUGUUCGCUUCCUUCAUGGUCUCUCUCUGGAGUCAAACCAGAGACUCUUAGGAGGUCUGCUGGGUCACACACACAACAGUCCAGAAAUGAUCCAAAGAGUCAUCAAGAACCUGAAGGAGAUGAACAGUGAAGAUAUCUCUCCUGACAGAAGCAUCAACAUCUUCCACUGUCUGAUGGAGAUGAACGAUCUGUCAGUUCAUCAGGAGAUCCAAGAGUUCCUGAAGUCAGAGAACAGAUCGAAGAAGGAACUCUCAGAGAUCCACUGCUCUGCUCUGGCCUACAUGCUGCAGAUGUCAGAGGAGGUUCUGGAUGAGUUGGACUUAUAUAAGUAUAAGACAUCAGGCCAGGGACGACAGAGACUGAUCCCAGCUGUGAGGAACUGCAGAAAGGCUCGGUUAGUACAGAUUUUCUUGUAGAAAUGCAAUGUCUAUGCCCGUUGCCAUGGGAACGCCUUCAGAAUCCUCUCCUCUAAGUUGGGGGCUGGAUCCUCUUUGGCAGCGGGCACCGCAAUCUCGUGUGCCCGUAGCUCUUGUGCGGCUUGGUGUGUGUCUUCGUAGGUGUGUGGGCCGGUGCUUCAGUAAAUCGAGAUCCACGUGAAUGGGGUUUGUAAUCGAAUGCCUUUUUCUCUCUCAGCACUUUUUUUAUUUCCCCGUAGGCUCUGCGUUUUUCCAUCACUUCGUAUGCAUAAUCAUGAUCAAAGAAAACUGUUUGUUGUUAAGGUGGAUUUUCUUUUCUAAGCCAACUUCAAUCCCGUUUCUUUGACGUCAGACUGCUGAAAGUUUAUCACAAUAGACCGAGGUGUAAUGUCAGGUCCCUAUGAGCUCGCUGAAUCUGCAGGGACAUACCGUCGCGGAGAGCCAGCUCCGUGGUCAGCAGGUUUUCCAUAAACCUUAUCAUCGAGCCCUCUGAGCCCUCACCGUAAACUCAGAUGCUGUAUCUACUACCAGGACCACAAACUUGGUUCUUCUCAGUCCCCUUCUCCAACCAGAACUCAAGAAUUCACACAAUCAUAAUGAUCCAGCUGCACUAGCAUGAUGACAACACUGUUAGAGAACAGAACGACUAAAAUAAGUCAUGGAGUCAUUUGUCUUGAACAUCUGAACAGUUUUUUUUUUCGUCUAAACUUUGACUUCCUGUCUUCUCUCAUGGCUGUGGUCCUGAUAUUAGUAUCUGUCUGGUUAAAAACAGGCCGUCUGUCAAACCAAAGAUCAUGUUUGAGUUGUUUUUCAAGAGAAACAUCAAAUUACCCUUCAGUUAAAUAUUGUUUGAUAUUAAUGUUGUUACAGACUUUCAUACUGUGGACUCUCGAAGACUCACUGUGAAGUUGUGGCCUCAGCCCUGAAGUCCAACCCCUCCCAUCUGAGACAUCUGGACCUGAGUGUAAACAAACUGCAGGAUUCAGGAGUGAAGCUUCUGUGUGCAGGACUGGAGAGUCCAAACUGCAGACUGAAGACUCUGGGGUCAGACACCAUUUCCUUCUGAUCUAACAAUAAGAUGUGACAGCUGCUGCCUUAGAUUUUUCUCUGUGGUUUUUCCAUCAACUUUGGUCGAGCAGUUUGAAUUUGUCGUUGUUAAACUUCAACACAGGAAGAAAAAUCCGACAUUUCAGAGUUGACUUUGAGUAGAACGAUGGAUGUAGAAAGGAAGCAGGAGAAAAUCAGUCCCACAAAUAUUACACAUGCUUGUAGAGGGCAGGAGCAGCACAGACUAAAGGCUGUUACUGAACUGAUCCACAAUUAAUGUGAUCACUAAUGAAUGAAUGAAGUGUCAGAGAAAUGAUGAGCUGCAGAUUAAAACCUGAAGAACAAAGUUAAUCCAACUCUGGAUAUUUCAUUUGGAAACUCUUGAAAACUUGAAUUUCUUCUUUGCUCAGUCGUGUUCAAAUGUAAAAACCAGAUCCAGAUUUUUCUGCAGUUUUCACUUCAGUUUGUUGAACAUGAACAUCAUCUUGUCCAGUUGGUCCAUAAAAACCUCUCUGAUCAAUGAUCUGUUAGUUUAUUUAAGAGUAGUUUGGCAGCUGUUGACAGCAGACGGACAGACCCCUGAAUAAACUCCUGACUAUUUUCAUCUUCAUGAAGAAUUCAGGACUACAGAAAAAAACCUUUGAGAUUUCUCACAUUAGUGUCUCAGGAUCUCACUAAAGUUUUCUUAAAAUUUUUUUGGGACCUUCAAAAAGUUUAGAGAGGAUUUUACAAAGUUCCUCAAGAUCAACUCUGGAAAAGUUCUUCUUCCAUGACCUUCAGGGGUCAAGAACAUUGAAUCAUCAAAAGCAGGAACAGUUUCUUCAGAGGUUCAAUGAUUUUUUCUUUUUUUCCAGACUGAGCAGCUGCAGUUUGUCAGAGAUCAGCUGUUCUUCUCUGGUCUCAGCUCUGAAGUCCAACCCCUCCCAUCUGAGACAUCUGAACCUGGGUUUUAACAAUCUGCAGGAUUCAGGAGUGAAGCUGCUGUGUGACUUUCUGCAGAGUCCAAACUGUAAACUGGAGACUCUGAGGUAAGUUUAGUCUUUGUCUGUUUUUUUGUGUAGAUUUUUGUUUAAUUUAACUUAAUUUCAAUUUUUGUGUUAAAGUCCCAUCUGUCAGCAGCUUCAGUCAGAAAUCCUGCUGUCAGAGCUCCGUCAUUUCAACCCCCUGAAUAACUCCUCAGCACAGACCAGACCCUGUGAGCACAUCCUCACAACAACAACAAUCAGCUGUUAGCAGAGAUUUCAUCCAAACAGUCCAGGAUACAAACUUUGAAGUGGUUGGAAAAUUCAGGUGUCCACCUCUCAUGCAGAGUUGACUCAUGUUGAUGAUGUUUUCAUGUCUAGAGGACAUGCUGGAGUGAAUUCAACCAAACUUCCUAAGAAAAAGACAGCGGUGGCAGACAUUAGAUCAGGCUUCAUGACGUCUGUGUGUCUCUUUAAAAGGGACCUGCCAUCAAAAUUUCAUACCCAUUUUUAUCACUUUUUCAUAAUCCUUGAUGUCCUCUGAUCAUGUCACAAAAAACAUCAAACAAACCAAAUCUGAAAAAAAUCAAUUUUUCAUUAAAUGAGUUUAAUCGGUCAGUAUAUGAGGUUUGAGUUUUCAUGAGAAGGAAACGAGAAAGAUCUGCUCUGACAGUUAGAAACACAGACGCCUGAAUUUACACUGACAGACACACAAAUACAGACAGAGAGACACAGACAGAAAGACACAGACAGAGAGAGAGAGAGCACUGGUUUGGAGACUAAUCCAAACCAGUGCUCCAUCACAUUUGAUGUCUUGUCUGUUAUUUUACAUGGAGGGUCAGAGCAGACCAGAUCAUGAGCUCUGACAGACUGGAUCUGGUCCAAAGGUCUCCUGUUGGAGUUUUCUAAGCUCCAUAUUUUAAACCUGAACACCUGAAGUUUGAUUAAUAAUUAUUUUUAUCUUCAUUCUCUUUUCUUUUUUCAGACUGUAUAACUGCAGUUUGUCAGAGAUCAGCUGUUCUUCUCUGGCCUCAGCUCUGAAGUCCAACCCCUCCCAUCUGAGACAUCUGAACCUGAGCGGCAACAAUCUGAAGGAUUCAGGAGUGAAGCUGCUGUGUGACUUUCUGCAGAGUCCAAACUCUAAACUGAAGACUCUGUGGUCAGACUUUUUCCCUCCGUUCAAACAUGAUCAUGAUUUGAUGGGGUGAUGACACUAAACUGCUGACUCAGGACUGAAAUACUGACCCAGACUGAACACCUUCAGUCCAGAGUAGAUUUUCUGCAUCAGUGGAUUAUUUGAUUGACUCCAGUUCGAUCACUGCUGAGCUCCAGUGAAUUAAAACCUGAACCCAAGAAGAAAACUCUUUGUAGAGUUCACAGUGAGAAGCACAUUCAGACAGAAAACAGAAGCAGGGGGAGAUUUUUCAGACGAGAACCAUUCAAACUUUAGUUCAGGACAAGAUCAGGGAAUAGAAAAAACUCAGAGUUUAGUUUCUGACUCUGAUGAAAGUCCAGCUCUGUUACUUUGAAUUUUGAUUGUUUUUGAAUCUUUGUGUGAAAAUCUGAAUUUUCUGGUUUAUCUGCACUUUUCUGAGGCCUUGCUGUGUUUAGACUGAAAUAUUUACCUCUCAAAGACGUGAUAUUUUUGGUUCAACAAAGUGAAAAUAUUCUGAACAUCCUUUAUUUCCCAUCCGUCCUGAAGUCGCUGAUAUUAAGAGUAUUGAGCUGCAUCUACAAUCAGUAAAAAAUUCUCUGAGUUUUUUAUUUCACUAUUUCAUGUGUUUUUGAAUUCACUGUUUCAAACUUACUUCCUGUUUGGUUCAGCUUUUUGGAGCGUCACUUUUCUUUGAUUCAGACUUUCCAAACCUUUCCCCCAAACUUUACAGAUUUAAGACAUCAGGUUUCAAACUGGAUCAUUUUUGUCUAAAAUCUCAUUAUUUCCUCUUUAUUUAGGUUGAGUGGCUGCAGUUUGACAGAGAUCAGCUGUUCUUCUCUGGCCUCAGCUCUGAAGUCCAACCCCUCCCAUCUGAAAGAUCUGGACUUGAGAUUCAACAAUCUGCAGGAUUCAGACAAGAAGCUGCUGUGUUAUCUUCAGAAGAGUCCAGACUACAAACUGAAGACUCUGAUGUCAGUAUAGAGUUGGAGUUAGUCUGUGCUGAUCUCUCCUGUUCCACUCCACACAGUAUCACAGCAGAUAUUCAGUAUUUCCUGCUGACUCUUCGACCCUCUCAGAGGAUUAUUUCUUUAGUGAAGCUGUGAGAACAGAAAUCAUCAAACCAGGAGUGUAAGAGUGUCAGUGAUGAAAAAAGUGUCUCCUCGUCUCUAUAUUUCAGAUCAAAUGUAGAAAUGAGACAUAAUGAAAUAGAAAUGUUCAGUUUCUGCUCUGAAGUCCAGUUUAUAGUUCUCUGUAUUCAACACAGACUUUAUUUCUCUGCUAACUUGUUGAUUUUGACCUCUAAGUCUGAAAACAGGCAGCUGUUCUUUAUACUUGUUAUUUUCACAGCAGGUUUGUUCGAUCAGCUUUAACACAUUUGACAGGAAUGAUUUCUUUAUUUUGAUGAUGUUGGUUUAUUUGUGAGGAAACCUGCUGCUUUACACCAUCUGAGACUGAGACCUGCUGGUCUGUAAACUGAUGAAGUGCGUCUCAGAGUGGAAACACUGAUUUUCUUUUUUUUCUCUCCUCAGAUGGUGGUGA